GUUGGGAAGCUUCCGUGGAGGAUCCGCUCCUCCCAGAGGGCGGUGCAGGCGCCUGGGCGAGCCACGCGGAGAGUUGUGGGGCGAGUAGCUCGGCUCCUGAUGAAGACACAAGGAGCCGGAUGGGCGGGGGACUCCAGAUCCCAGCAUGCCCCGCUGCGGGCCCUACCGGCCUCGACUCCGGGCUUGGCCCCGGCCCUAGCUCGUUGGUGGUGUACUGGGGCGCGUGGAGGCUGUAGUCACGGUGGCGCCCGCGGGGACGGAGGAGGGAAUGAGUGAAGAGGAGCAGGGCUCCGGCACUACCACAGGCUGCGGGCUGCCCAGUUCUUUUUCUCUUCUAGAUCCUUCACUGCUUGAGGACGCACCUGUCAUUGCUGCAGAAGUUGCCGCCCCUGUUCCAUCUGCUCUGCUAACCAGGAGCCCCCCCAUGGAAAAUGCCAGCCCCCUGCUCCCCUCCCCGCAGCAGUCGGAGUGCAACCCUGUCGGUGCUCUGCAGGAGCUCGUGGUACAAAAAGGCUGGCGUUUGCCAGAGUACAUGGUGACCCAGGAGUCUGGGCCUGCUCACCGUAAAGAAUUCACCAUGACCUGCCGGGUGGAACGCUUUGUUGAGAUAGGCAGUGGCACUUCCAAAAAGCUGGCAAAGCGUAACGCAGCAGCUAAAAUGCUGCUUCGAGUGCACACAGUUCCUCUGGACGCCCGGGAUGGGACGAGGGCAGAACCUGAUGAUGAUCACUUUUCCAUUGGCGUGAGCUCCCGCCUGGAUGGACUUCGGAACCGGGGGCCAGGCUGCACGUGGGAUUCCCUGCGCAAUUCUGUGGGAGAAAAGAUUCUGUCCCUUCGUAGCUGCUCUGUGGGCUCUCUAGGGACCCUGGGUUCUGCCUGCUGCAGUGUCCUCAAUGAGCUCUCUGAGGAGCAGGCUUUCCAUGUCAGCUACCUGGACAUUGAAGAACUGAGCUUGAGUGGGCUCUGCCAGUGCCUAGUGGAGCUGUCCACCCAGCCAGCCACUGUGUGUCAUGGUUCUGCAACUACCAGGGAGGCAGCCCGAGGUGAGGCUGCUCGCCGCGCCCUCCAGUACCUCAGGAUCAUGGCAGGUAGCAAGUAGCACCCUGGCUGCAGUGAUGGACGUGCACCUUUUACCUCUUGCUCCUCCUGAACCUGGCCCCAUGCAUCAGCGUAGCUCUGGAAUCCUCCAGGGCUGCUGUCUCUACCUCUGACACAGACUGCCUGCCUUGAGACUGAGGAAGGCAUAGGCGAGCAAGGGCCCCAGCCAGCACGGGAUUUGCUCUCAUUCUAUGGAUGACAAAUGAAAAGUAAAUUGGAAUUCUAAUGGAUUCUAGAAUAAAUGCUGCUCAUUGGCUUCCUAAACCCUGCUUUCUUUGGCCGUGGGUCAUGUGGUUGUCAGAGGAAUAAACAUGGCGUGUUUAUUCUUGCUGCUGA